AUGCAGCAAAGGAAGCACAUGCUGCAAAGGCAGCACAUGCUGCAAAGGCAGCACACAUUGAGAAGCCUGAAACACACUGGAAAGGCAGCACAAACUGGAAAAGCAGCAUAUACUGGAAAGGAAGAACACAGUGGAAAGGCGCAGACAUUGCUCAACUUGAGAGGACAGCUCAACUUAAGAGGGCAGCUCAACUUGAGAGGGCAGCUCAACUUGAGACGACAGCACAGCUUGCGAGGACAGCACAGCUUGCGCGGACAGCACAGCUUGCGAGGACAGCACAGCUUGCGAGGACAGCAAAGCUUGCGAGGACAGCACGGCUUGCGAGGACAGCACGGCUUGCGAGGACAGCACGGCUUGCGAGGACAGCACAGCUUGCGAGGACAGCACAGCUUGCAAGGACAGCACAGCUUGCGAGGCCAGCAAGGCUUGCGAGGACAGCACAGCUUACGAGGACAGCUCUACUUGAAAGGACAGCUCAACUUGAGAGGACAGCUCAACUUGAGAGGACAGCUCAACUUUAGAGGACAGCUCAACUUGAGAGGACAGCUCAACUUGAGAGGACAGCUCAACUUGAGAGGACAGCUCAACUUGAGUGGACAGCUCAACUUGAGAGGACAGCUCAACUUGAGAGGACAGCUACACUUGAGAGGACAGCUCAACUUGAGGGGACAGCACAACUUGAGAGGACAGCACAACUUGUGA